AUGGAUGCUGAUGCUUAUCGGUAUCUUAAUGAUAUCAACCCUGCAUCCUGGUCUAGUCAUGCCUUCUCUACACAUUCCAAGAGUGAUAUGCUUUUGAAUAAUCUCGCUAAGAUAUUCAAUGCAUGGAUCAAAGAUUCUAGGGACAAGCCGCUCUUAACUAUGCUGGAAAUGAUUCGGAGGCAGUUGAUGACAAGAUUUCAGCAAAAAAAAGAAGGAAUCCAAGCUGCUACUCACAAAGUAUGUCCCAAAAUUCAUAAGAAGUUGAAAAGAUCAAAAGAUGAAGUAAGGAACUGUAUAUGUAGAUGGCAAAAUGAGUUGGAGUUCAAGGUUGAUCACAUGUUUGGCACACGUCGAAUAGUUAAUUUGGAGCAAGGUACAUGCUCAUGUGGAAGGUGGCAGCUUAAUGGUAUCCCUUGUGCACAUGCUUGUGCUAUCAUUUAUAAGCAUAAACAUAAGCCUGAGCAAUAUUUAGAUGGUUAUUACAUGAUGGAGAAGUACAUGCAGGCAUACCAACCACAAGUACAUGCUAUGCCAGGGCUUGAAGAGUGGCCAGAUGUUGAUGGUUGUAAUGAAGUAUUGCCUCCAGUUGUGAGAGUUCAGCCUGGACAUACAAAAAAAGCUAGGAGAAGGGCACCCAAUGAGCCCAUCAACCUAUACAAGAUAAGCCGUAGUGGGUAUAUGGUUACAUGUGAGAACUGUGGGGGACAAGGUCACAACUACAAGGGUUGCCAUCUACCUCUAAACCCUAAUCGAAAGAAAUGGAACCCAAAGAAGAGAAAGACUUCAAAUGUAUCUGAAAAUGAAGUUGCAUCGUCCCAACUUGAUACGUCAUCCCAACCUCUUGCAUCAUCCCAGCUAUGUCAUCCCAACCUCCUGCAUCAUCCUAACCAACUACAUCAUCCCAACCUAUGCAGACUCGUGCUAAAAAGAGGAGUGGACAGACAAUGGAUGUUGAUGGUUGUGUUUUUUGUGAAUGUUGUUACUUUGGAAGUUGGAGGUUGUUAUUUUGGACAGACAAUAGGUUGA